AUGGCGGAGCUGCCAGUGCCCCAUGCACCCCAUGCCCUUGCCUUUGCAAUUCUCCUGACUCUUCUUGUCCUGCGUUCGAAGCACACUUUGAGAGGCCUUUCAGCGCAGCGGGCUUGGAUUGGGGAUGUGGAGAGGUCUCCAUCUUCAUCAGCUCGACUAGACGUGCUCGCACUGGACCCGAAGCUUCCGUGCCAGGAGCUGACUGAGAAGAUCCGCUCGGAGCUGAUCAGCAACGCUGAGGAAGAGGCUGCUCCGAUUGUGGCAGGUCAUCCUGGAGUUCAUGGCCUUGCAGCUUGGCUUUCGGUGUCCCUGCCUCUGCAUGAGGUGAAUCUCGAGGGCGUUAAUGUCGAGGAGAACAUGUUCCGAACAUCUGGGCAGCUCUGCCACGGCGAAGACCCGCCGGACCCUGGCAUCAACACUAAGUUGGGUACAUCGAAGUUUCAGAAGGGCAUUGCCGAGACGCGAGUUCAUACUUAG